CUGAAGUACUACGAGUACUAGAAGUAUUAUGAGUACUAUGAGAACUACGAGUACUUCUGCUGUCUUAAAGUAAACUUUGAUCACCUGUUUUUUGGAAGAGAUCAGUAUGAUGUCCUCGUCUGGUCAUGUGACCCUUAAACCAGACUAAGAGGAUUAUUGUUUCUCUUCAGUCUCCGGCUGGUUCUGUUUAUUCUCACAAAAGAGAGAGAGAGAGAGAGACUGUUUAUUCUCACAGAAGAAGAAAAGCGAGAGAGAGAGCCUGUUUAUUCUCACAGAAGAAGGAGAAAAAGAAGAAGAAGAAGAAGAAGAGAGCCUGUCUACGAACGACUGAUUGGUUGAUUGGUUGGUUGAUUGACAGAUGGAGCUGAAGGCGUGUGCCGUGGUUCUUCUGCUGAUUGUCUGCGUCUGUCUGCAGAGAGGCGACUGCAGUCUGCCCGACUUCACACCCACGUCACCUCGGCUGCAGGUGGAGUCAAACGUCGUGACUUCUCUGAAGAAGAAGAAGAACGGACUCAAUCGACUUCCUGGACUGUGUCAACGCCUGAAGAGACGCAGAGUCACCGUCCUGUGUAACCGUGAGAAGUUCUGUUGGCGGGGGCGGAGUCAGAAGACUCGGUCUGUCCAGGUGUGUCUCUGUCCACGGGGUUCCAGGUGUUCACAUUUUUUUGUUCACAGUCUCUGAAACGAUUGCUUAACCUUUAAAUCACCAACACAAUGUCACUGUGUAAUACACAUGAGGUCAUUACGUAAUAAACAUGAAGUCUGUAAGAGCCAUUUUGUUUGCUUGUGUUUUGUUGGACCUCCCACCAC